AUGUCAACUGAGACAGAACUUCAAGCAGCUGUGAAAACCAGCACCAAGAAAGACUCCAGGAAGAAAGGUCAGGAUCGCAGUGAAGCCACUUUGAUAAAGAGGUUUAAAGGUGAAGGGGUCCGGUACAAAGCCAAACUGAUUGGGAUUGAUGAAGUUUCUGCAGCUCGGGGAGACAAGUUAUGUCAAGAUUCCAUGAUGAAGCUCAAGGGUGUUGUUGCUGGCGCUCGUUCCAAAGGAGAACACAAACAGAAAAUCUUUUUAACCAUCUCCUUUGGAGGAAUCAAAAUCUUUGAUGAGAAGACAGGGGCCCUUCAGCAUCACCAUGCUGUUCAUGAAAUUUCCUACAUUGCGAAGGACAUCACGGAUCACCGGGCUUUUGGAUACGUUUGUGGGAAGGAAGGGAAUCACAGAUUUGUGGCCAUCAAAACAGCCCAGGCGGCUGAACCUGUGAUUCUGGACUUGAGAGAUCUCUUUCAACUCAUUUAUGAACUGAAGCAAAGAGAAGAAUUGGAAAAAAAGGCACAAAAGGAUAAGCAGUGUGAACAAGCUGUGUACCAGACAAUUUUGGAAGAGGAUGUUGAAGAUCCCGUGUACCAGUACAUUGUGUUUGAGGCUGGACAUGAACCAAUCCGUGAUCCUGAAACAGAAGAAAACAUUUACCAGGUUCCCACCAGCCAGAAGAAGGAAGGUGUUUAUGAUGUGCCAAAAAGUCAACCUGUAAGUAAUAGCCAGCCAUUGGAGGAUUUUGAAGAGCGUUUUGCUGCAGCCACGCCGAACAGACAUCUGUCAGUGGACUUUGAUGAGCUUCUUGAGGCAACCAAGGCUGUGACCCAAUUAGAACUUUUUGGAGACAUGUCCACCCCUCCUGAUAUAACCUCUCCCCCAACUCCAGCAACCCCAGGUGAUGCCUUUCUCCCGUCGUCAUCCCAGACGCUUCCGGGGAGUGCAGAUGUGUUUGGCUCUGUGUCUUUUGGCACUGCUGCUGUACCCUCAGGUUAUGUCGCUAUGGGCGCCGUCCUCCCAUCCUUCUGGGGCCAGCAGCCCCUCGUUCAACAGCAGAUCGCCAUGGGUGCUCAGCCACCCGUUGCUCAGGUGAUGCCAGGAGCUCAACCCAUCGCAUGGGGCCAGCCAGGUCUCUUUCCUACCACCCAGCAACCCUGGCCUACUGUGGCCGGGCAGUUCCCGCCAGCCGCCUUCAUGCCCACACAAACUGUUAUGCCUUUACCAGCUGCCAUGUUCCAAGGUCCCCUCACCCCCCUUGCAACCGUCCCAGGCACGAAUGACUCUGCCAGGUCAAGUCCACAGAGUGACAAGCCCAGGCAGAAAAUGGGGAAGGAAAUGUUUAAGGAUUUCCAGAUGGUCCAGCCUCCACCAGUGCCCUCCCGUAAGCCUGACCAGCCCUCCCUGACCUGUACCUCAGAGGCCUUCUCCAGUUACUUCAACAAAGUCGGGGUGGCACAAGAUACAGAUGACUGUGAUGACUUUGAUAUCUCCCAAUUGAAUUUGACGCCUGUGACUUCCACCACACCGUCCACAAAUUCACCUCCAACCCCAGCCCCUAGGCAGAGCUCUCCAUCUAAAUCAUCAGCAUCCCAUGCCAGUGAUCCGAACUCAGAUGACAUCUUUGAAGAAGGCUUUGAAAGUCCCAGCAAGAGCGAAGAACAAGAGGCUCCUGAUGGAUCACAGGCGUCCUCCACCAGUGAUCCAUUUGGGGAGCCCAGUGGUGAGCCCAGUGGUGAUAAUAUAAGUCCACAAGACGGUAGCUAG